UUAAGGGGGUAGUACACUCUGGCGGCCGAAAAUGAGGGUCAAUUUCAAGAUUUAUUUGUGACAAAGUGAGUGUACUACCCCCUUAAACUCGCACAACAUAGUUUACCCAGAUGAUAGAGAAACGUAAAAAGUCUUUGUACGUAAACUGCUGUAAUCGCAAUAAAUCGUGAAACAUACGAUAGAAACUCAUAUCUUCUUCGGUAAGAUGCCUGCUCAAUUUGAAUCUGUCAACAGUUCCGCGACCCGUGAAUCCACGCUUGAAAAUGGGAUACCGUAUUCCAUCGAUGGUGAUGUCGUCAUCACGGGCAUAUCAGGCCGCCUGCCUAGAUCAUCUAAUAUUGAGGAAUUUAAAGAGAAUCUCAUGAAAGGAAUAGACAUGGUCUCUGAUGACGAAUGUCGUUGGUCAGCAAAUAUGCUCGAGUUAUUAUCCAAAUAUGGCAAAAUCAAGGACCUCAGUAGCUUUGACGCCUCAUUUUUCGGAGUACCUCCCAAGCUGGCACAUAUAAUGGACCCACAGGCACGCAUGCUAUUAGAAGUUACGUACGAGGCGAUAGUUGAUGCUGGUGUCAAUCCCAUGACUGUGAGAGGAUCACGUACCGGAGUGUACAUCGGUGUUAGUUAUACGGAAACGGAAGGGUUUGCGAUGAAAAAUCUAGACGCCACAAAUGGAUAUGAAGUGUUCGGAACUUCGAGAUGUAUGUUCGCCAACAGAGUUUCCUAUUGUUUUGACUUUAAAGGACCUAGCUGCUCGGUAGACGCUGCUUGUUCCUCGUCCUACUACGGCAUGCAUCAGGCAGUCACCGCAAUGCGCAUGGGUGAGUGCGAUGCUGCGAUUGUCGGUGCAGUGAAUCUUGUAUUAGCACCACACAGAUCAAUGCAAUAUUACAAACUGACUCUGCUGUCCGAGGAUGGCAAAUGCAAAGCGUUCGAUGCUUCAGCUAAUGGUAUGGUGAGGGCCGAGGCGGUAGUGGCGAUAUAUUUACAGAAGGCGAAGGAUGCGCGCAGAGUGUACGCCACGGUGGUUAACACGAAAACAAACAUCGACGGCUACAAACCCGAGGGGAUCGGGUAUCCCAGCAGUGAAACGCAAAAGCAAUUGAUACAUGACAUCUACAAUGAGGCGGGAAUUAAUCCUCUAGACAUUAGUUACGUAGAGACCCAUGGUACCGGUACCAAAGUAGGCGAUCGAGAGGAAGUCAAUGCCAUCGAUAAAUUGUUCUGUAAAGGUAGGAAGAGUCCUUUGCUGAUAGGCUCGGUGAAAUCCAAUAUGGGUCAUUCGGAACCGGCAAGUGGACUAUGCUCCAUCGCCAAAGUGCUGAUCGCGAUGGAAGCGGGCGUGAUACCCGCGAAUUUGCACUUUAAAACUCCGAAUCCGAAUAUUCCUGGCUUAAACGAGGGACGGAUUCGAGUUGUCGACAAGGCUACACCGUGGAAUGGUGGCCUCGUUGGUCUUAACGCAUUUGGUCUCGGCGGCACAAAUGCACACGUUAUCCUGCAGAGUAAUACAAAACCACAAUUGUUAUCACCACUGAAUACCGAACUGUUGCCCAAAUUAGUCGCUGUAUCAGGUCGAACGGAAGAAGCUGUGCACACGUUACUGAAUACAGCGAAAGAGCAUUGUAAAAAUAACGAGUUUUUAUCAUUAUUAUACGUACUGCACAAUAACGACAUCCCUGGUCACAAGAUUCGCGGGUACGAGAUACUCAGCGUCGAUAGUACACAUGAAAUGACCGAAGUAGCGAGCUGUGACGAAGGGCGUCCAAUUUGGUUCAUAUUUUCCGGUAUGGGUUCGCAAUGGCCAGGCAUGGGUCGUCAAUUGUUCAGUAUUGAAACUUUCCAACGUAGUUUGCGGCGAUGUGCGGAUGCUUUGGCACUCUACGACGUCGACCUCAUGAAUAUCAUCAUGAACGCCACAGACGAAACAUUUGAGAACGUGAUGAAUUCCUUCAUGUCUAUCGCGGCUAUACAGGUCGCUCUCGUGGAUGUUUUAACGUUGAUAGGCAUACAUCCGGACGGCGUAGUCGGACACUCCCUUGGAGAAUUGGGUUGUGCUUAUGCCGACGGGGCAUUUACACUGGAACAGACUGUCUUAACCGCUUAUUGCAGAGGCAAGGCGCUAUUAGAAUCCAAGCUGAAACCAGGUGCCAUGGCGGCAGUUGGUUUGAGCUGGGAGGAGGCCGAAAAAAUUUGCCCGCCCGAUAUCACACGAGCUUGUAACAACUCCGCCAACUUAGUUACAAUUUCCGGUCCGACUGAUUCUAUACACAAGUUCGUACAACUACUGAAGAGUAAGGAUAUCUUCGUUAAAAUGGUAAACAGUUCCGGCUACGCCCACCACAGCAAAUACAUCGCACCAGUAGGGCCUAAGCUACACGCUUUGCUCGAGAAAAUCAUACCAAGUCCCAAGCAGAGAUCGGCUAAAUGGAUCUCUACCUCCGUACCAGAAUCCGCAUGGGAUAGUCCGCUCGCGCAGCUCAGCUCCGCCGAGUAUUGUGUAAACAAUAUGAUGUCACCUGUGCUUUUCAAAGAGGCGCUCGCGCAUAUUCCAGAAAACGCGAUAACGAUUGAGAUCGCACCGCACGGUUUGCUACAGACAAUCUUAUGCAGUUCAUUACCACCAACGGUGACCAAUAUUAGCCUUCACAAGCGGGAUCAUUUGGACAAUCUUGCCUUCCUGCUGUCUAACGUGGGAAAAUUAUACAUGGCCGGUGCGCAACCUAACAUUGCCAAAUUGUAUCCGCCGAUUAGUUUCCCCGUCAGUCGCGGAACACCGAUGAUCGGGUCCUUGGUCAGGUGGGAUCACUCCGUCACGUGGGAUGUGCCUGAUUUCAAACAGAUAUCAGACCACUCGGGAGAAUGUAUUGUCCAAAUAGACUUGUCGAAUGAAAUGGAUACGUAUCUAGCAGGACACCAGAUAGACGGACGAGUACUUUUUCCAUUUGCUGGUUAUAUUUUUGUGGUGUGGAAAACUUUGGCAAAACAGCGCGGCUGCAAUUUUGAACUAUUGUCAGUAGUAUUUGAGAAAAUGCAGUUUCAUCGGGCCACCAUUAUCCCCAAGGAAGGACCGGUAAAAUUCUCGAUAACUAUAUUCAAAGGAUCGGGCGAUUUUGAGAUCUGCGAGACCGAUACGAUCGUCGCCAGCGGAAGAGUACGCGUAUCCGAAAGUAUCGACAAAGAUCACCUGAACUUACCACCUCCAGUUUUACCUCAAAAUCAAGAGACUUUGCAAUUGAAUACCGAGGACGUUUACAAGCUACUGAGAUUGUACGGAUACGAGUAUCGCGAUAUCUUCCAAGGAGUCAAAUCUUGCGAUGAAGAUGGCAUUGCCGGUGAACUAUACUGGUUCAAUCAAUGGGUGCCGUACAUAGACAGUAUGUGUCAUAUAACUUUGGUGACCACCAACUCAUUGCAUUUAGCGUCGCAUAUUCAGUAUGUAGCUAUCAAUCCUGUUCUUCAUAAACAACUGGUUGAAAACUUACCAGAGAACGGUGGAUUGCCAGUGUAUUACUACAAUGACACCAAUAUUAUUAAAUCGGGUGGUAUUGAGCUCAGAAAAAUUAACUUUUCGUUGGCGCCCCGGCGACAGAAUCAUGCUGAUCUUAAAUACGAGCGGUACACUUUCAUACCAUACGAAAGUUCGUAUAGUCCAGUAGAGGAUGCAAUGAGAGGAAGGGUGCAUGCGCUUACUGUACUUUUGCAGAUUGUGUAUGAAAACAUAAUGACGUUGAGACUGAAGACCGUGGAAGUUGCAGGCGAACGAGAUGCCGAAGUUCUCUUAGCGCCGCUUAUUUUCAAAAUUUCCGAUAACCAAUUGGGCUCUCCUAUCAUUGAUUUACAAAUCGUCACAGUUGCUGCAGAUAACUACACGGCGAGUUUGAAGCAGAUGAACGUGAACGCUGACAUCGUAACGCAAGAUGUGAAUAAGGCACUUCCCGUUGAAGACGUGCACCUUGUCAUUGCGGCGGACGUUUUAUCUAAUCAGUCUUAUACCGUUCUCAAAAACUUGGUCGCUAACUUAAAACCUGGUUGUUUUAUUCUUCUGGAGGAGACCGCUGCACAACUAGAUGUGGAGACCGCUUUGAAAGACACUGAUCUCAUCUUGGCUGGAAAACAAACAGUUUCCGUAGAAAAGACUUAUUUGUUGAUGAAGAAACGACAGAAACGAAGAGAACCAAUGGUAAUUCAAAUUACAGAAAAAUAUCUGUCGUGGCUGGAAGAUAUAAAAGCAGUACUGAAAAAAUGUGACAGUGUAGAUCAAGAAAUACUCCUUGUAUCCCAGGGUGAAGAAACACUUGGCUUGGUCGGACUCAUGACUUGUCUGCGACGCGAGUUAGGCAAUGCAAAUUUGCGUUAUGUCUUUGUCCAGGACCAGAAUACUCCUACGUUUGGCAUAUUCGUACAGUUUUAUGUGGAGCAAUUGGACAAAGGAUUGAUGGCAAACGUUUUGAAAGGAGGACAAUGGGGCAGUUAUCGACACUUGCCAUUGGAUCAACAGAGCAACAUGUCUUCUGUGCAGGUGAAACACGCCUAUGUAAACACAUUGACAACAGGAGACCUCAGCAGCUUGAAAUGGAUUGAAAGACCCUUAAAGUACUAUCGUCCCGACAAUUUUCCUAAUAUGAAACUUUGUUACGUUUACUAUGCUCCACUGAGCUCCAGGGAUAUCAUAUUGGCGAGUGGAAAGAUGUCCCUGGAUAUUCUACCGAGGAAUAUAGCUACGGAAGAAUGUAUAUUGGGACGGGGAUUUUCGGGGAGAGACGCUGACGGUCGUCGCGUGAUGGGUAUAGUCGAAGUUGGAGGACUGGCGACUACAGUGGUUGCAGAUCUCGAUUUCCUUUGGGAAGUACCCGACAAGUGGACGUUGGAACAAGCAGCAACGAUACCUAUCGCUUACGCGACUAGUUACUAUGCUUUGUUUAUACGAGGUCAAUUGACAGCAGGCGAAAGCAUAUUAGUUCACGCUGGUACAAGCGGCGUCGGUCAAGCAGCGAUUGCCAUUGCUCUGCACGCUGGUUGUACCGUCUUCACUACCGUUAACACGUUGGAUAAAAGAACAUAUCUCAAGAGAAUCUUUCCGCAGUUGAACGACAAGCACAUUGGCACUUCUCGAGAUACCAGUUUCGAACAGCUCAUAGAUGUUGAGACUCAAGGACGUGGAGUGGAUGUCGUGUUGAAUUCACUGACAGAUGAGAAAUUUGAAGCUGGCAUUCGGUGCCUGGCGUUCGGUGGCCGUUUCCUUGACAUCAGCAUGUAUGAUUUGUCGAAAGACAGCCGCAUGAGCGUGUCAACGUUUGUAAAAUAUACUUACCAUAGUAUAUUGUUGGAUAUGGUAUUUCAAGAAAAUAACGCGCAAAAGAAUAAACUGGUAAAAUUUUUCUCGGAGGGGAUAAAAAAUUGCGCGAUACGUCCGCUCCAAUCGACUGUGUUUUCGGAGCAACAGCUCGAGCAAGCAUUCAGAUUUAUGGCGGCACGCAAGCAUAUUGACAAAGUGCUGUUGAAACUUCGUGCUGAAGAAUCAAAGAAAUAUGUAUCACCAAUGCCAAAGACAGUGGCCGCGAUCUCACAUACUUACAUGAAUCCGGAUAAAUCGUAUAUCUUGGUCGGCGGUCUCGGCGGAUUCGGUUUAGAACUGACAAAUUGGAUGAUCGUCCGCGGCGCCAAAGUUAUUGUUCUCGUAUCACGCUCAGGCAUUCGCACUGGUUACCAGGCAAUGUGCGUGCGUCGCUGGCGCAAAAUCGGUGUAAACAUCGUAGUCUCCACAGUGGAUGUGGCGACAUUAUCGGGUGCCGAAGACUUAAUUCAAGAAAGCAACCGGCUGGCUCCGGUAGGCGGUAUAUUCAAUCUGGCAGUUGUACUCCGCGAUGCUCUGAUCGGAAACCAGACGGAGGUUGAUUUCAAAGCGGUCAUGUUGCCAAAAGUCGAUAUUACAAGGAAUUUAGAUGCUGUAUCCAGGAAGCUUUGCCCAUCGCUAGAUUACUUUGUGGUAUUCUCAUCCACAUCGUGCGGUUACGGCAAUAUUGGUCAAACCAAUUACGGUUUCGCGAAUUCAACCAUGGAGAGACUAAUGGAACGGAGACAGGCUAAUGGUUUACCCGGUCUGGCCGUUCAAUGGGGUUCCUUCAAAGAGGUCGGCAUCUCAGAAACAAUGACAGAUAACGACAUCGAGAUAUGCGGUAUUCUACGACAAGGUAUAUCAAGUUGUCUUGCGACAAUGGAUAUAUUUCUUCAACAACCGCAUCCCGUGUUAACUUCUAUUGUGUUGGCUGAGAAAUAUAAAUCCGACAACGAUAACAAGACCGACCUCGUCACAACCAUUGCUGCUAUCCUAGGCAUUAAAGAUGUUAAUUUGAUUAAUCCUAACAGUCAGUUAGUCGACGCGGGAAUGGACUCGUUAAUGGAAAUGGAAAUAAAACAGACUCUCGAGAGGAACUAUGCUAUCCUAUUGUCGUAUCAAGAGAUCCGUUUAUUAAACUUCGCCAAACUGCAAGAAUUAUCUUCGACCAGUAGUGAUAAGGUUGAAAAGUUAAAAUAAUUAUCUUUUUAUUCCCCUUGUUUUAUUAUACUUGUUCACCAUUGUCGAUGUU